GGGCGGAGCUCAGGAGGUCGCGUUCGGAGCGCCAGGGAGUUCCGGGGUGCGCCGGGACGCGGCCGGCGGGCGCGGGGCCGCUCGGAUGGACGAGGACGGGCUGCCCAUUGUGGGCUCCGGCAUCGACCUCACCAAGGUUCCUGCUAUUCAGCAGAAAAGAACUGUAGCAUUUCUAAACCAGUUUGUGGUUCACACAGUGCAGUUUCUCAACCGUUUUUCUACUGUUUGUGAAGAGAAAUUGUCAGCACUCUCUCUCCGUAUCCAACAAAUCGAAACAACACUCAAUAUUUUGGAUGCAAAGUUAUCCUCUAUUCCUGGCCUAGAAGAUGUGAAAUUUGAAGUGUCCAGUGCAAAUAUGAACAGUGUUACAAAUGGUCCUGUGGCACAAGCUACUACAGAUCAACAGACAGCGGUAUCACCUCAAUCUGGCAACAAUAUACAUGAAGAAGGGUUACAGAAAAUGGAGGUAGUAACAGAAAAUGUCAGAACUGUGGCCAAGGAUCCAAGAUAUGCCAGAUACCUCAAAAUGGUACAAGUGGGUGUUCCUGUAAUGGCAAUACGGAACAAAAUGAUUUCUGAAGGGCUAAAUCCAGAUCUUCUUGAGACCCCAGAUGCCCCUGUGCCUGCCUGGGGAGACGAUGGGAAAGUGGAAGAGAGUUCUGAUAGUGAAUCUUCAUUUAGUGACUGAAGAGACUCAUUUUGGCCUUUGGAAACCUCUGUUAAAUGCUGAUGUGUUUGGAAGUUUAGCAGACAGUAGUUUUGUGUGAGUCAUGUGGGUGACAUGAUUUUUCAGAAAGCAUUUAUAAGAACUAAGAUCCUUCAUGUUCUCUCCCAAAAAGUUUGAAUAAGCAGCGUGUUUCAACCUGAACCUUUCCACCAUGAAAGUUAGUUGUGAGAUCCUUGCAUUUUUUAUGCUGCAUCAUUUCAGAUUCUGAAUCUUCUGAAAUGACUUUGUAAAACUCUAAAAAGUUCAUACGUCUAAACCUCCAGGUCUCUAAGACUGUCAUUAUUGGAUUUUCUCUGUAACAUAUUUAAGUUGCCUUCUUUCUGUGCCAUGAAUUACACGUAAAGUCACUUUUCAAAAUGAAAUUGUUUUAUUGAUGAACAAUAUUUUUUUUCUAAUAUAUUCUAAGUGACACAACAAAAAAUACAUAAAGUCAACUAUCUCAUGGUGAUUGCAAAUCUGUGAUACUCUCUAUUGAAAGAACCUAAAAUCCAAAUGAAAAAUGUAUUAAAAAACGAAUUUGAAUCUAUUUUCAAAGUGUAUACUGCUGUUAGAAGUCAUGUUAGAGUCUGUACAAAGUUGCUAAAGAAAUUCCUGCUCUCUAGAAGAGUUGAUUUAUCAAACUCAGGUUUCAGUGGUGUAGAAAGCUACAAACAUUGCAAGACUGGUUUGAAAAGGACACUGAAAAAAGUGUGUGCCUUGGAGGUUAUUAAUGGAAUACCAGAUUCUUGCUACUUGUUCACUGUCAUGUGGGUCAGUAGAAGCCACUUUCUGACUGCUGUUGGGCUUAUUCGAAAGGAGCUGUUGCUGAGCAGUUUACAUAUGAUAAGAAAUUCCCUCCAAGUUGGUGCCUUUGCUUAUAAUUUCAGAAAAAAAGCCAAAAUUCAGUUUGUAUAAUAAUAAAACUACCUUGCUACCCCUUAAGGUAUGCAUUGGGGAACAAUAUAAAGAAAACCACUUGGAGCCUGACUGGCCCUGAAGGCUUCACUCCAAAUUACUUCAUCUACUCCAUGAGUCAAAAAUGUCAUUUCAUUAAAGAAUCUUCUUUAACAGAAUUUGUUCCACAUGAAAUUCUUCAUGAUAUAUUUGAAUUCCUCAGAUGACUGUGAUUAUACCAGAAUGCUGUGGGCCAGGCAAUUGUUUGCUUUCUGGUAUUUCACAUUCUUCACAAGACCAAGACUAAACUGAAGCUCUAAGUAUAUACACUUUUUAGCUUUUAUGACUAAGUCAUUAUCUUCUGUCUUAUUUAUUUAUGCCACUUCAGUAGGUUAGCUGCUUUUUCUUUCUGUAACUUAAGCAUGGCUCCCAUUUGAGUCUGGCAAACAUAUUUAAGCUCUUCAUAACCUGUAAAUCAGAGUAAUACCUGAAUCCCUUCAAAAGCAUAUAUGCACUAGAGAAUGUCUAAAGAUGGCCUAUCAAUGAUGAGUUAGUUAUUACUGAACAUAAACAAAAAUAUUCAAUAGUUGACACUUCGUAAAACUCAACAAAUACAUAUUAGCAAUAAGUAUUUCAAAAGUAAAUGUUAUAAUGUUAUUUCAGAAAGCAUAUAUUAAAACACUGGUAACUUUUUAAAAUCUAUAUUUGAAAACUCAUUGAAGCAAUCUGUAUAAUUAAAGCUAUGCUUUGUAAACCAAAGCUGUGGUUCUAUUUUUUUUCUGUAUGUCCUGUAUGUUGUUUUAAAAAAGAUAAUGAAAAUUCUUCUGGAAUCUCUGCCAUUCAUGUUUCUCCAAAACUAGUUAUGCUGAAGUUGCAUCAGUCUGCUAGCCGAAGGGGAGAGUUUUGAAGAUAGGGGUUUGGAGUUUAACCUAAGCCAUGUUAGCACUCUGGCUGGAGGAGAACUGAUCAUCCUGUAGCUGCUAGUCUAACAAGAAAAUUUAUGGAAGACUGGAAUUAAUGUGGACUGUAUGUUUGAUGCUUUUGAAAUUAUCUUAACCUAUGUAAGGAAGUAGCACAAUAUAACAAGUUGACUUGAGACACAGUAAUGAAUUUAUUUAUUUAUUUUAAGAAAUAAUCAAGGUUAGCAAAACGUUUUUAAGGGGGUAUGACUUCCCUUGCUUAUCAUUUUGAAGAAGCUGUUUGUGUAAAGUAAUUUUAAGUCUGAAAAACCUGAAAUCAGUUGUCGUUUACACCACUACAGAUGUGUUUUUAUGUGGAAUGAAAAAGAAUGCCUCUGGCCUACUGUCACAUGUUAAAAUGAAGGAUAAUUAAUUGGUAAUCACCUAUGUCACAGAAUACAAUUUCAUUAGUCGGCAUGGUGAAUUGAACUGCUAAAGACUUUGUGUGUUUUUUUCAGGGGAGCUGUUCACUUUGGAAUAUAGCAGCCUUGGUAGGCUUGCAAAAACAUUCAGAAAAACCUUGCCACUUUGUCUCCUCUCCUAAUUGAGUGGUGGCACACUGCACAGUAGGAAUCCAAGCAUGUAAACUGUGAGGAACUAGGGUAAAAGAAGCAGAGUAUGGCUGCCAGCGCACUUUUUACCUUCAGUGCAUCAGCAGCCAUAAUUCUUCCACUGCCUUCGGAACUUCUGACCACAUUAAGCUCCUCUGUUCCUGCCAGUCUCAUCUGCUAAACAGAUCCUUGUACUCUUAGGUUGUAGCCAAAUUCAAUCCAAGAUGUUUCAGCUUAGGACACAUGCUGACACAAGAGGCUAUUAAGUAAGGGAAGGUUGGUUUUCAACUGAAUUAUGUCAGCUGUGCUUGUCCUUCUUGAUCUACAGCAGUUUUCUAGUGAGAUGGUGCUAACCCAGAAAGCUGGAAAGUCCUUAACCACAAGCUAAAUACUAUAAGCAGACAAUAUUCCAACUUGCUCAUUAUUUGCCAUCUGUUUUGUAAUAGAAGAUGGAGGGAGUAUUUCAA